AAGUGCGGCCUGGAAUCGAGGCUAACACUUCUCUAGCUAGCUAGCCAAGAGAACUCUUCAAUCUAGCGCUCCCAGCUUGCAGUGGUCUAUUGUGAUAAGUGUGCCAAGUCAGAAUGACUGACGAGGUACAAAGGGGUCUGGAUUAUAACCUCUGGCCCCGGCCGAACUCCCAAGUACUGGGCCAACAUCGAGAAACAUUCACGCCGUUUAUAUCGGACACAGAACAACAAGAGGGCAAGCUGAAUACACCAGUUGAUCUCCUCACACAGGAUUUCUCUGGAAUCGAGGAUACCUUAAGUUUUAACAUGAUCACUUCACCAUUCCCCGACUUCAAAAUAAGAGUGCGGUCAGUUGAAGAGGUUGCACGGUUGCAGAAGGAGAAGGAGUUGCAGAAGGAGUUGAACUUGGAGUUGAAGAGGUUGAAAGUGAAGUUGAAGGCGUUGAAGACGUUGAAGGAGUUGAAGGCGUUGGACACGUUGAAAGCGUUAAACACGUUGCAAGCGUUGGAAUCAUCGGACAUGUUGAAGGUGUUGGAAGUAUCGGACAUGUUGAAGGUGUUGGAAGCAUCGGACAUGUUGAAAGUGUUGGAUGCGGUGAAAGCGUUGGACGCGUUGAAAGCGUUGGACACAUUGGACACGUUGAAAGCAUCGGACAGGUUGAAGGCGUUGGACGCUUUAAAGGUGUUGGACGCGUUGAAGGUGUUUGAGUUGGACUGGUUGAACGCAUUGGAGGCGUUGCAACAGCAUAUAGACUGGAGAAAUGCUGGACUGGAAGCUAGACUGGAAGCUAGACUGGAAAGAAUCCGAGCUCUUCGUGUAUUUCGUUGGACACUUACUAAAAAAGUACCCGCGUCAUUCUCACUGAAAGAGUUGAUCUCUCUCCUCAAGAGCCUUCGCUCGGGCUGGGGUUCUCCACUGGAAAUGGCCACAAGGAUGCUCAACUCCAAGUUCUGGGUGAUGGAGGCGGACGUCUGGGCUGACCUGCUCAUCGUCUGUUGCUGGGCCAACCCCACGAUCUACUGUGAGAAAUGUGACAAAGACGUGGAAUCAACCACCACCUCUUGCAACCAUGUUGUGUGUCCUGUUUGCGCUGUGGGGCAGGGGAAUGAUCCAAAUGUGGUGAAAUAUUUACUGUCUUGGUUUUCACGUCAGCUUUGGCAUCCGCACAGGAAAAACCAAUAACAGGGAAGCGUCGUCUUUGUGAGCCACCAACAACUGUCACUAAGAGACCAUGUAUUGGCUCAGAUUCGACGGGGUCAUGCUCUCAUGAGAGUCAGUCUAAAUCCUACACAAUUAAGGACCUUCAUGAGCUACUGGAAUCCCUCUACCCUGCGUUGAACGAGUGGUACUACCUUGGCCUGGCUCUGGGCGUCCCUGAUCAUAUACUCAAAGCAAUUGAGACCAAUCAGAGCAAAAGUCUAGACUGCCUCAAGGGCAUGCUCUCCAUGAGAUUAAAGGAAAAGCUGAGUAAAGAGGAGCUUAUCAAAUCACUGCAGACACGGACUGUGGGAUUGUCAGAACUAGCACAGACGUUGAAAGACUCGAAGCAGUGGUGAUCGAUCCCAAACUAACCCUCCUUUUAAUUUACUUGUACUAAUAUUGCACUAAAGCUAUGUGUAAGCAUGUUUGUUGGUAGGCCAGGCAAAGUAGAUUUAUUAGUAGUUUCUUCAUCACAUGGUUUUUGUAAUUGAUAUGAA